CAUGCUUUGACUGGCAGAAAAUACACACUUUCGGACUAGCUAGCCUCGGUCGAAUUCGGAGUGGGAAUGUUUUUCUCAAAAUGGCGCUCGGUCAGUAUAACGAGUAGACAGAAUAGAUGACGCGAAAAAGUGAAAAUUAACAACAAAAACGGACUAUUUUUGUAGAAAAUAUAAUUGCAAAGUCUACGCAAGAACAUUCUUAAUAGCGGUGAAGUGAAGUUUGUUUAGUGAAACAAUAAAAAGUGUGAAAAAAUUGAAAUUCUACAUAAAGUCAACGUAACGAGUUGCAGGAGAACGCGACGAGUCACGCAAGGCGACAGCGUUGGGCAACGGCGCACAGAACGACCGGUCGAGCCGUUUUGCCGUGCAGCCACAACAGUCGUAAUCCAGCUAGAUACAUAACGCAAGACAAAGUACACAUUUGUGGUGCUCCACGGGUUUGCGAAUACUGAGCGGGUGUCGGUGUAGUACGGGACAAGUAAAAAAAAAAAUCCCCAAACUAGAAGUUUUUCGCACUGCAUGAAUGUUACACCAAUCGGAAGCGAAGCAAUCUUAAACACACAUUUCUACAAAAACGUUUUGUACAACAAUAUGGAUCCCAAUUCAAGCCCCUGGUCUUAUGCUUACAAUCGUAUUGUGCCAUCUGCCUCCAGCACUGGUUCGGCAGAAGAUUUCCAACAUCCACACUUGGCGCCUGCCCAAUCACUAUUUCUACAGGCAGCACAUUCUGGUAUAGCAGCUAGCUUUAAUGCCGCAGCUGCAGGCAGCGGAAGUUUUGUAUCACCAUCACCAAUUGGCGGAUAUAAUCCAGUCUUUCAACAAAUCUACCAUCAUGCGGCUGCAGCUAGUGCACAACCAAAACCAGCUCAUUACGCCUCAAGUGCUGUAAAUACACCAGUGCGUCAAAUACAAAUACCAUCAACGUUGGAUAAACAGCUGACGAAUUUUCAAAAUCAAGCCGCUGUCGCUGUUGUGUCUUCAGCUGCCGCAGCAGCAGCUAAUAAUGCUGCUUCAAAUUAUUAUGGUGAAAAUUCCUCAUCGAGCGGUGCUUCGCCAUCGCCUACAACAUCCGCAAUUACAUCAACAACGCUCAGUUGGAAUGCGCCGAUGAUAUCCAAUACAUUUUUGGCCAUGCAACAACAACAACAGCAGCAACAGCAAACACAACAACAACAGCAACAUCAACAACAGCAAGCGCAACAACCACAAUUGAAUUUAGUGGCGGAGAAGGUGCAAAUCAAGCAGGAGAAGCCAUCCGAUCUAAAAGCAUACAAUGAUAUACUUUUAUAUCAGACGCAACUACAUCAACAACAACAACAACAGUUGCAGCAGCAACAGCAACAACAACAGCAGCAAGACGAUAUCAAUGCUACAAUUGACAAUGAUGGUGAAAUGUAUUGUACGAUUGAUGGUAAAAAUUACAAAAUUAUACGCAAAGGUCAGCAACAACAACUGAUACAAGUCGAUCAAAUACAUCCGAACGAUGUAAAUAGUCCAUAUGCUGCCGGCAGCACAACACCAGCACUCACAGUUGCUGUCGAUAAUGCUGUGUCACCGCAUGUGAUUGUCUAUAAGACAGGUGGUGGCGGUGGUGGUGGUGGUGCUGAAUCGCCGGCCUUGCGUCGCAAUCUUGCAGGUGCCGGCUCACCAGCUUCAGCCACUGUUGCUUAUUCGUCUGUGAUACAAAGUACACCGCAACAACAACAACAGCAACAGCUGCAACAACAACAACACCAGCAGCAACAACACGUUUCAGCGUGUUGGACGAAAAUCGAAGAUACCAAUGGGUCGGCAGACGGUGGUGCUAGUACGGAAGAUGUGAAAAAUGUCUUGCAAUUACAAGUGAAGCAAGAGAAUCGUCAAUUGGGUUAUGUCACCGAUAAUGAUGUGGGUGAGAGUUUGAUAUUCAAUUUGCCACCGGGACUUGAAAUUAAACAAACGCUAUAUAAUCCCAAUACCGGUGCGCCCAUUGGUAAUUCGACGGUGUUGCAACAUACACAACAACAGCAGCAACAUGCACAAGUGCAAGCGCAACAACAGCAGCUGUUGGCACAACAAAAUUUGUUCAAUAAUCAAAAAUUGCAGCAACAGCAGCAGCAACAACAACAACAAGUCGAAAAGCAACGACGCCAGCAUAUGGUGGCGAAUAUGUUGGUAUCGCCUACGGCGAAUACGAACAAUCAACAACAACAACAACAGCAGCAGCAAACUAGUUCCUCCCAAGCGUCACAGAUUCAAAUCAUACCCAAGGUUGAGGUGGAACCGCCGAAACAGCUGCCUGCGAAACCUGCCAAAACUCCGCGCAAACGUCAACCCAAAAAGACGCUCGUCACGAAUGACUAUGCGACGGUGCGCAGUCCACAGCAGGAUGUGGUGCAACAUCAGCAGCAACAACAGCAGGCACAACAACAGCAACAGCAGCAACAACAACAUCAUCAACAGCAGCAGCAAGCGCAGCAACAACAACAACCUACCUACUAUGAUUUCAAUAGUAAAUGGAAUACGCCGUUGAAGAUCGAGAACAAUACACCGUCGCCGGUUGCGCAAGCGCCCGCCAUUAGCAUACCGACGUAUGUGAAUCCACAUACUGCACAGCAGCAGCAACAGCAACAACAACAACAGCAGCAGCAACAACAAGUGCAGCAGCAGGUAGCCGCGCAACAACAGCAACAACAAAUACCGCAACCAGCGCACAUGCAAUCAUCGCAGGCGCAGUCGCAAGCGCAUCUGACGAAUUUAAGUUCGUACUAUUCGAGCACAUUUCCACAGCAAAUUGCUUCACAGUACACGGCAUGCAUGCAACAGAAUGCAGCCGCAGCAGGCGCCAUACCACAUACGCUUUAUAAUCUCAAUCAACCACAGCAGCAGCAGCAGCAACAGCAACAACAACAAGCGCUGCAACAGUCACCGCCACAGCAGCAGCAACCACCUACGCAACAGCCACAGCAGCAGGCGCAGGCACAACUACAACAACAUGCGCCACAACAGCAGCAAACUCAACAACAACAACAACAACAGCCCAAUACAGAUGCUCCCACAGCAGCUAAUGAUCCGAGCAAUAAAGUGAUUGUGCCCAAUAUCGAAGAGGAAUUGGAUUUCCUCACCGACGCUGUAGCGCCCAAGCAGGGCUAUGCGAACUCUUCAACGAACUUAAACAAUAGCAAUGGACGUAGUGCCACCAACUUCGGCAUACGUCAUCCCCAAACGGAGGCACAAAGUGUUGUUGGCACACCAGCGGCUAAUGCGCUCACCAAUAACGGUUUGCCACCAUCGGCGGUGGCAGCGGCGGCGGCGUCGAGCGCAACGUUAGGCAACAGUAUUGUACCGGGUAGCGAGCGUAGGCCGGUUGUGGGCACUUCGAUUGGCGAGAAGAAGACACAGUUCAUGGACAGCUAUUUGAAGUUCCUGCAGGGCGAACGCGACGAUUCGCCACCACCGGCUGUGGUGAAGAGUGGCCGCAAGGUGAACUACCAGCGCUCGCCGAGCGGCAAUGCGGCGAAACGUACAAAAACCGGCAAUGGCAAUAACGAGGAGGCGGCAAGCGCAGGCGCGGCGGGUCCAACGAACGAGCAGCAGCAAGCAAAUCAGCAACCAACAGGCGUGGUGGACGAACAAAAUCCAGGUUUGUCGGCUGAUGAUGCGCAUCGUAUUAAAAUACUCUCACAAACGCAGAUAUUGCCCAAGAAGCGACCACAGGCGCAUAUGGCUGCGGCGGCGGCAGCAGCUGCUGCUGCAGAAACCUCAGCGGCAGCGACAGCAAGCACAGCAUCGGUUAUACAACAUCCGGCUGAACAGCAGCAGCAACAGCAACAACAGCAGCAACAGUUACAACAUCAUCAGCAACAACAGCAACAGCAACAGCAAUCAUUCCGCCCCUAUGGGCAGCCACAUCCAACCCAAGCGCAACAACAGCAACAGGCGCCACAACAACAACAACAACAGCAGCAACAACAUCCACAACAACAGCCGCAACAACAACAACAACAGCAACAAUACUGUGCACAAUUGGGGUUUAGCGGUGGUGGCGGUGGCGGAGGCGGCAGCAGUCAAGAUCCACUCACAUUGCCGCCACGACGCGAGCAAGGUCUACGCAAAGCGAAACAGACGAGCAUGCAUGCCAUGUACAUGAAUACGGGCACUGCAGGUGGUGGCGCUAGCGGCAGCGGUAUGGCGGAGAAUGAAGAUCAAGAGCCCGAUGAAUUUGCGGAUUCCGAUACGGAUCCGGUGUGGACGCCACAAGAUGAUGAUAGCGAUGAGGGUGGCAGAAGUUAUCGGCGGAAGACAUCGCGUCGCAAUAAGAGUGCACCGCGUAAAACUAAUUAUCAUCAACAGCCGGAGCAGCAGCAGCAGCAACAACAAACGUCGCUUAAUCAAGUACAACAACAACCUCAGCAACAACAACAACAAUUGCAGCAGCAGCAACAACAACAAAAUGUUGAUGGUUAUACACCGAAUAAGGCGAAUGCAUCAUCUUAUUCGAAUGCCACACACGAUGCGGACAAUUUUAAGACCGGUGAUUUCAUUGUACUCCGUUCCGAUUUGGUCAACGAUUGGCCAAUCAUCUGGCAAGUGGACACACAAUGUAUUCUACAAAAAUAUGAGCCAUUCUGUCAGAAUGGCAAAAUGUUCUAUCGCAACAUGUCAAUGUAUUCAUCAUGGAAUCUCGACUCAAAGAAGCUAUAUGUUAAGGCGCCCGUACGCAUACAAGUGCAAUCGCACAAGGAGACUAUUGUGGAGUUUAUGCGUUCCGAGCUGUUGGCCGACGAUACAGAGCAGUUUAUUGAGAAGAUUAUGGAGGAUUAUUUGCGUUAUCGUGAUAAUUUCGAAAUUUACAUACAGACAAUGAUAUCACAGGUGCUGGAUCCAAGCUUUUUCUCGGAAAUAACCAGAGAGAAGGAUGAAUACUUCUUGGGCAGCGUACGCAUUAUCGAUAGCAUUAUGGAUAAUUGUAAGCGUAAAUUGCUCUCCAUAACGCCAUGGACGCGCAGUAUUAUCGUUUCGAUUGAAACAUAUCCGAAAUGUCAUGUAUUCACCGAGUGGGGACAAAAUAAUUUAACGCAGAAAAAUUGUGGUGGCUGCCAUCAGCCGGGUAUAUCGGUGCGUUUUCUGCUCUUUGGCAAUCCCUAUCAUUCCAACACGAUGCAGGCAGUGCCGGUGGAUACGCGCUUGGCUUGUGAGAAGGACAUACUGCUGUGUCGCAUUUGCGCUGCACGCGCUGAUAUAUUCCAUAAGAUCGCGCAUGAAAAGUACAAUUUGUAUGUGCAUUGUUCGCGUCGUGUUGUUGAGCAACAACAAGAAUAUCCUGGCAAAUCGUCAACGGAGAUUUUGAACGAUCUACUAGCCGAACACAAUUGGGUGGAUGAGUUAUUCCGCAAUAUGCGCAACUCGUGGGCCGAGGUGGAAAGUUUAGAACGUCAAAAGCGUUUUCGUGAAGUCUCACAAUAAAAUUGAAAACUACUGUAAUAUUAUUACAAUUUAAUAUAGCUACGCAACAGCAAUGCUGGUAUUUGGUGCUCAUUAUGCAAAUGCUGAAUAAAUUUAGCGUCUGAAAAGUUGCCGUGCAAUAAACAGCCUAGAGCAAGCAAAACGAAACGAAAUUCCUUAUACAAUUCUAACUACAUAGCAGCAAAAAAAGUGCAGAAACAAAAACUAAAGCAAAUAAAAAUAAUAAAUGUUAGCAGAAAAAUAACAAAUAUUCUUGUACCAACUGUUAUUAGCGCGUCAAAACAACAAGUGUACGCUCGACAGCGUUUAUAUAAGCGCUGUGCAGCAUACAAAUAUACAAUUAAUAUAAAAAAAUAUAAAAUAUCAGUUACUAAGUACACAAAUACAUAAAAUACGUAUACAUAUAUAAAUAUAUAUACAGUUUAGCAUACAAUAUGAUUUUUUUUUAAGUGCAUAAGCAUAAGUUAACCUAAAAAAAUGGUUGACAACAAUUAUGUGUAGUUUAUAUUAUUUUUAUUUUUUUUUUUUUUGUAAUAAGCUUAGUAUAACUGUAAUUCAUAUUAUAUUAUUUCAUUUCAAAAAAUGUGUUACUGUGCGCAAGGCUUGGUAUAUUGCGCAUAACUUGCUGGUUUUUGCGGUAGAAAAGUUGUUGUUUUCUAUAAAUGUAGAUUUUAUUUAGAAAUUAUUGAUUUUAGUUGUCCAUUUCGAAGCUAAAUUUACUACGCUACUAAAUUUAGUUUUCAUAAAAAUAUGCUUAUAUGUUUUCAAGUGUCAUUUCUUAGUGUAAAAAAAAUUAUUAAAAAGCAAGAGUAUAUCAAAUAAGUGAAAAAACAA